AUGGAGGAAAUGAAAAAUUAUCCUUUUGUAUCAGAUUGGGUAGAAGAUCCACUGCACAAGGUACACAUCAUUUAUAUGGGAAGCCUUCCAGAAGGAGAAUACUUAGCUCGUUCCAACCAUAUAAGCAUGCUCCAAGAUAUAGGCCAUAACAAAAUGACUUCGGAAAAAACAUUAAUAAGAAGUUAUACGAGAAGUUUUAAUGGUUUUGUUGCGAAUCUCAAUUCACGUGAAGUAUUAAAGUUGAAAGCUACAAAAGGUGUUGUAUCUAUUUUCAAAAGACAACAAUUGCAACUUCAGACCACAAGAUCUUGGGAUUAUAUUGGUUUGUCACUAAAUGUUUCGCGAAAUCCAAUUAUUGAGAGUGAUAUUAUAAUUGGACACUUUGACGGCGGUGUAACACCCGAGUCACAUAGUUUUUCGGAUCACGGUUUAAGCCCUGUACCUACAAAAUGGAAAGGUGUCUGUGAUGGUGGAAAAGACUUCGUCUGUAACAGAAAGAUAAUUGGAGCGAGGGCCUACGACAUAGAUGAUAAGUCCGCAAGGGAUGAGAGUGGACAUGGGACUCAUACGGCCUCUACGGCUGCGGGAAGGGUAUUGGGAAACACUAGUUUUUUUGGGAUAGCAAACGGAACUGCUAGAGGAGGAGUCCCAUCGGCAAGGAUUGCUGUGUAUAAAGUGUGUAGAGCCUUUUGUUUUAAUGAUUAUGUGUUGGCUGCCUUUGAUGAUGCAAUUGCAGACAAUGUUAACAUUAUUACCAUUUCUAUUGGUGGUAAUGUUCGAUACCCAAAGUUGAGUAACGAUGCGAUUGCUAUUGGAUCAUUUCAUGCAAUAGAAAAGGGUAUUUUAACUGUAAAAUCUGCGGGAAAUGAAGGAAAAUUCGGUUUCGGAAAGACAGACAGCUUUGCGCCAUGGGUUUUCACAGUAGCCGCAAGUACCGACAGAACAGUAAAAAACAAACUUAUCCUUGAAAAUGGUAAAACACUCAUGAGUACUACCGUGAAUGCUUUUGAAAUGCAAAACAACACAAAUUUGUUGUAUGGAAGAAGUGUCGGCCUUAGAUGCAAUGAAUCAAGUGCCAUGCAAUGCACGCCCGAUUGUGUAGAUCCUCACUUGGUGAAGGGAAAAAUCAUAAUAUGCGAUUCUUUGGAAACAUCAUUUGUUUCGGCUAUUUCAACUGCAGAAAGUGUCGGUGCAAGCGGGGUUGUUCUUCGAACAAAUGAAACAUCAGAAUAUGGUUCAAUUGUAGCCCUACCCACUGCGAUAUUGGAUGACUCUGACUUUCUGUAUCUUACAUCUUACCUCAAUUCCAAAACGGUGCACUUGGGGCGCAUAACGAAGAGUGAGAUGGUUGAGAAUAAUACGCCUUUAAUCGCUUCUUAUUCGAGCAGAGGACCUAAUAGAAUUUUUCCACAAAUUUUGAAGCCUGAUAUAACCGCGCCAGGCACAAAUAUUUUAGCGGCAUUUCUUCGAUCAUCGAAUCCUUCGUCCUUUCCAUCAGAUUCUAAAACAUUCAAGACUAAUUACACUUUCAAUACUGGAACUUCAAUGGCGUGUCCACAUGUUGCUGGUGCAGUAGCCUAUGUGAAAUCAAAACAUCCUGAUUGGUCUUCUUCUGCCAUCAAAUCUUCACUCAUGACUUCUGCUUGGAAUAUGAAUUCAAAUUACAAUUUGGACAAUGAACUUGGCCACGGAGCAGGGCAUGUUGAUCCAGUGAAAGCUCUAAAUCCCGGGCUUGUGUAUGAGACAUCUAUAGACGACUAUUUCAAAUUGUUUUGUAGUCUCGGCACAGAAGGAGAUAAAUUGAUAAAAAUGUUCAAAGGAAAAAAUAAGUGUCCAAAGGGGGUUACAACAUCAUCUCCAAAAGAUCUCAAUUACCCAACAAUGACUACAUCGGUGCAUAAGAACUCGAAUUUCACCGUUACAUUCUUGAGAGUUGUCACAAAUGUUGGAAAUAGUAACUCUACAUAUCACGCCGAAACCGUUACGGGUGAUAGCAUGGUCCAUGUUAGUGUGGAGCCAAGCAUCCUCUCUUUUGUUAAUCUGAAAGAGAAGAAAUCUUUUUUGGUGACCGUUAGUGGAAAGUGGUUAAACCAAAAUCAUAUUUCAUGUUCUUUAACCUGGUCUGACGGUACUCAUAGAGUUAGAAGCCCAAUUCUCUUGUAUGAGUCAUCAUUGAUUUGA